AUGGGGAUAGCAAUGGUCUCGGGGCUGUCUACAUCCAUGCUGCUGGAGACCGUGCUACUUCGAAUGGGCCGUGACCAGCUGCCCUGGAAAGCGGCUGCGAAAACGGCAGCCGGAAUGAGCCUGGUCUCGAUGCUUGGAAUGGAGACGGUGCAGAACCUCGUGGACUACCACUUGACCAGCGGCGUGGUUGCGUUUGACGACCCGUCGUUCUGGAUGGCAGCUGCUGCCUCUGCCGCUGCCGGGUACCUUGCACCACUCCCGUAUAAUUACACCCGCCUGCGGAAGCCUGAGAAGCCAGCGGCCACCAACUUCACUCGAUUUUUUCCCCUUCUCCUCCGCCAGUUUCACGAUCGAAGGUGCUGCGAAGAGCGUCGUCAAGAGUCUCUCCUCCCUGCCCGGCACCGCUUCUCCCUCCCUCUCCGCCUCUCCGGCCCUCUGACCUCGCCGACUGCGCCGCUCCCAAUGCUUGUUUCGUCUAGUACUACGAUUCUGCAGCCGAUCGCGCGCGCUCUAUGA